UUAUAUAACUCAUUAGGGAGUAAUACAAAAAAGAAGUAAUAGAAAGAUUUACAGUAAUUACCCAUUAAGCCAAAUUUCUGACUUUCCAUAUAUUCUGUAUACAAUUGCUGCAGAGAGUCAGAGACUACCUUCCUUCUAAACAACUGUACCUUUGUGCUGCUUUUCCUUUGAAUACUUGAUGAGAAACCUCUGAGCCUUGUGUCACUAUUUCCAACCAUCUCAGAAGUCUAAUAGUUCAUGCUACCAAUUAGGCAUUUGUCCUCAGAACAGACACAGUAUUUCACAAUUUCGCAAUCUUCCUAGAGCAGUCAGCCAACAAAUAAACCAAUGGGUGGCUGUUGCAUGAAAGAGAGGAGUAGAAGUAAAGAUUCAGCUGUUUUGGCAGCUCAAACUCAUUUUAGUGUGACUGAGGUGGAGAGCUUAUACGAGUUAUACAGAAGGUUGAGCAGCUCAAUAGUUGAUGACGGCUUCAUUAGCAGAGAAGAAUUUCAAGUUGGGUUGUUCAGAGACAGAAGAGAACAAAGUAUUUUCACUGACAGGAUGUUCAAUCAGUUUGAUUCAAAGCAUGACGGGAUGAUAGAUUUUGAAGAGUUUGUCCAAGGUUUAAGCAUUUUCCAUCCAAAUGCACCACAGACUGAAAAAGCUACCUUCACAUUUCAGCUAUACGACAUAUGGGAAACAGGUUACAUAGAGCCCGAAGAGGUGAGAGUGAUGAUUUUGGCCUUUCUAGACGAGUCUGAUUUGGUCCUUUCAGACGACAUCAUCCAAGGAAUAAUUGACAAGACAUUUGAAGAAGCAGAUUCUAAAGGUGAUGGGAAGAUUGAUCUGGAAGAGUGGGAGGGUUUUGUGGCUAGAACUCCUUCCAUACUGAAGAAUAUGACAAUUCCAUAUUUAAAGGACAUUACAACAGCAUUUCCAAGUUUUGUGCAGAGGAAUGAUACAGACGAAAAGAUUUACUAAGAAGCAUAUAUGAAGAACAAU